AUGAGUAGCCCAAAGCGCAGAAUCGAGACAGAUGUCAUGAAGCAAGAAUUCUACGUUCGUUUCAAGGGCCCAGAAGAGACACCAUUUACCGGAGGCCUUUGGAAGAUCCACGUCGAAUUGCCUGACCAGUACCCAUACAAAAGCCCGAGCAUCGGAUUCGUCAACAGAAUUUUCCACCCAAACAUCGACGAGCUGUCGGGCUCGGUCUGCCUUGAUGUGAUCAACCAAACGUGGUCGCCCAUGUACGACAUGCUCAACAUCUUCGAGGUCUUCCUUCCUCAGCUCCUCCGUUAUCCCAACCCUUCAGAUCCUCUCAACGGAGAGGGCAGCAGCGCUGAUGAUGAGAGAACCCAAGAAUAUGUUGCCAAAUACGCUAGCAAAGAGGCUGUGGAUGAAGCAGGCGAGGACACCGAAUCUGAAGAUGAGCUAAGCUCGGCGGGGAGCUACGAGUCUGAUGGCGAACAGCCCGCGGGUACAAUGGACGAUGUCUGA